UAAAAAUCUCUACUCUUAGCGAUUCCUGCCGUUUUGAAUUAUGGCAUGUGUAGCACUACAUCACCUGAUCUUUGCACUUAUUCUAGCCAUGGUGGGCACAUUUUCUAUUAGUUACUUAAUUUCUGCAUCAGACCAUCAUAUCUCCGUUUUAUUUCCAUAUAUAAGUGACACUGGAGCCUUACCACCGGAAAGUUGUGUAUUUGGUCAGCUACUCAACUUAUGUUCAUUUUUAAGUAUCCUAUGUAUUUAUGGUUGGUAUCUACACGAAUGUGUUGUAAUACAUACCCGUGGUGGACCUCAUUCUCACAUUAUGUUUGCUCGUGUUACUUGUUUUAUUGGUUGUUUAUCUGCUCUUGGAAUGUCAAUGGUUGCUAAUUUCCAGGAAGCUACUCUUCUAACCGUUCAUCUGAUGGGAGCACUGUUGGUUUUUGGACUGGGAAAUGUAUUCACUGUUUUGGUAACUUAUUCUACAAGAAAGCACUUAGAAUAUAACCACAAGAUAUUUGUUAUACGCGCUACUCUAAGCGCUGUCAUUUUGUUGGCUCAUAUAGGAACUCUUGUUUUCGGUGUUAUGUGUAGCUCAUUAACUAUUCCUUUGCCUAAGAAAUGGGAUCCAAAUGAAAAAGGGUACAUAUUUCAUGCGUUGAGCAGUACAUGUGAAUGGCUAAUGGCCUUUUCAUUUCUAUUAUUUUUCGCUUCAAUGUCUAUGGAACUGAAAAAUUACGUAUUAGAGCCAGUUAAAAUACGUAGCAGACCCAAUUUGUUAGAUAUUUUCGGAGAGAAUAUUAUUUUAGAUAAAGAAGUUGUGCGAUUAGGAGCAAUUGAAUCCAAUGCUUUUUUGUCCUGGCGGAUGGCAAUUGUAACAUGUUACUUCAUGUCCCUCAAACGUGAUCAUAUAUCUCCUUAUUUCCCUUACAUCAGUGAUGCUGGUUCAACGGUCCCGGAAAGUUGUAUAUUUGGCCAAUUGUUAAAUAUGGCUUCACUAAUUGGAGGUUUAUGUUUCUAUUCAUGGCACAAAUAUAUAUUGGAUUGCAGUCAGAAAUAUGAUCGGCGAUGUUAUCGUCAGAUGAAAAUAGCUAGAAUCGCUUUAUGUUUUGGCUUCAUAUCAGCAUUUGGAAUGAGUUUAGUAGCUAAUUUUCAAGAAACAGCUGUUUGGUCUGUACAUAUUAUUGGUGCAGCAUUGGCUUUUGGUGGUGGUUCGAUAUAUUCACUCUGUGUCACGUAUAUAACAUAUAAAUAUCUUCGUUCUGGUCGUAUUUGGAUUACACGUUUCGUAUUAUCACUUCUGACAAUUGCAUCAUUCAUCAUACACCCGAUCACUGGAUUAAUUGCGCGUCUGAUGUAUGAUGGAGAUAAUAUUAGAAAAUGGAAACCGGUUGACAGAGGUUAUGAAUAUCAUGUUGCAAGUGGGACUGCAGAAUGGAUAACAGCUUUGUCAUUUAUGUGCUUUGUUUUAUCUCUGGCUUGGGAGUUGAAAGACUGCAAACUACACACUGUUAAGAUCGGUCCUCGAUGGAACAAUGCUCAUUACGAUGAGGAUAUUCUUUCCUAGAAUCAAUCAAUCAAACAUGAGGAAGAAAGACAGUCAUCAGCUAUGGCCCCAGUCACUUCUAUCACAUUAUGAAAACUUAAUCAUGUUUUUUUUCUUUCUCCCCUAUUGUCUAUAAUAUUAUUAACUGGCGUUUGAUUUAUCAUCGUUAUUUGUUCUCUCUCUUUUUUUUAUUUAUUCAACUCAGAUAAAUCACAGCACAAUGAAGCAAUGAUUUCCAGUAAUCCCAUGUGUUUUUUACUUUUUCCACUUUUUUUUUAAUUUCCUCAAGUCAUUUUUUAUAAGAAGUAUGCUGUGUGUUUUAUUUUUUAAAUAUUCUUAUAAAACGGUUAACUAUGAUUUCGAAUAACACUUAUCAUGAUACCUAUUGUGACUUCAGUCGUGAUUAUUUUUAAUUUCUUGAAAUAUAACCUAUUUUAUUUGGGUGUUUUAGAGGCGAUAUUAUGAAAUCGUGUUAUCAAUGUGCAAUCUUUCCACCUAAUCUUUAUUUUUCUGCUCAACGAAAUACAAAUUUACUGCAUAUGCAACAAUAUUGUUUUUUUUUUUGCGUUUAUC